AGAGACCAGUGGCUAUUUCUGACUUGUCUAAAACUCAAGGUCCAAGACCCAUAAAAAAUGUGUAAUUCUUGACUAUGAAAAGGCUGUUGUUGGUCUAGUUGGAGCUACUUUGGUCCUCAUGAUGGUGGGAGUGGGACCUGCCUCAGCUGCUGAAUUGUCGUUGUUGGCCUCAUCUUUGCAACCGAGUGAACCAUCCAAUGCCUUGUCCUUGCCCACCUGGGUCGUGCAUGUCUCCAGUGUUGUUGAAUGGAUUACUGCAAUGGCUUUAGUGUGGCAAUAUGGAGAGAAAUCUGAGUAUGAAGCAUGGAAAGGUCUUUCAUGGGGAAUGGUACCCCUGCUUGGUGAAGCAUUUUGUGCAUGCACAUGGCAUUUUUUUUAUAAUUCUGAGUCUCUUGAGGUAUUGGUGGCUCUUCAAGCCGCAUUUACAGUGAUAGGUAAUGCUACAAUGUGUAAUGCUGCAUUUCAAAUAUACAAAUCGUCAGAGGAAUGGUCACAGAAUCUGUAA